AUGCACCCGGCGGCAAAACGUCUGCACGACCACGAGGUGAGCGGAGACGAGACCAAUAUUGAGUACGGGGCGUCUGAGUUUGGAGGAUUCGGGCAGUAUUUCCGCAACAAGCAGAUCAAGCUCGACACCCAGCUGCGAGAAGCGAAUCAAUGCAGGUCUCAGAUAUUCAAGGAUUGUCAUAUUUACCUGAACGGCAGAACAGAGCCGUCCCACACUAUUCUCAAAGGUCUCAUUGUAUCCAAUGGCGGCUCAAUCUGCGCUUUUCUUGGUGGCAAAACGUAUGCAACGCACAUAGUUGCCGAGCACCUCACCAAGCGGAAAAAUAAUCAGUUCGCUAAUUAUAAGGUUGUGAAACCUGCAUGGGUGGUCAAUUGUGUAAAUCAAGGCAAACUGCUGGACUGGACAAACUACAGAGCGAUUGAGAGCUCCCUCCCGACGCUAGAUCCCAAGGAAACCCAAGAGCAGAUCAUCUUGGAGGAACGGGAAAAAGUCAACUGCUUGGCUCCUGAUUACAUCUCUAGCUACUACGCCCGCUCUCGUCUACAUUUUUUGAGCACUAAAAAGGCGGAGUUACGCUCAAAAUGCCAGCAACUUGCGGGUCAACUCCCGGUCGCCGAGCGACCCUCGCCGCGGACAAUAUUGCACAUUGACUUUGAUUCGUUUUUUGUGGCCGUCGCACUCAAGGAUAAACCCGACCUCAAGGAUCAGCCCAUCUGUGUUUCAUGGGGCGGUCCCAGCUCUGACAUUGCUUCGUGCAACUACAAAGCUCGUGAGUUCGGGGUGCAAAACGGCAUGUGGGUAUCCAGAGCUCUUCAGCUUUGCCCAAAGCUGGUGUGUUUGUCUUAUAAUUUUGAUGAGUACACAAGAUGCUCAGAUGUGCUUUAUCAAGAGAUUGUUGACCUCCGUCCUGACUAUGUUACAGCCGUGUCAGUUGAUGAAGCCCUAGUGGACGUUACGUCUUUGUGCUCAAAAACGGACGCCUCGCAGCUAGCACAAGAGCUGAGAUCACGAAUCAAAGCCAAGACCGGAAUAGAGGCAUCUGUGGGUGUUGCGCCGAACAUCUUUUUAGCAAAAAUGGCGUUAAGGCUGGCAAAACCUGCGGGCGUAGUUUGUCUAACUCAAUCCUCGGCUCCUCAAAGAUUGGCAAAUUGUUCAGUGCGAGAUUUACCGGGAAUCGGCUAUCACAUUGCGGCAAAACUCGCUGAUUUAGGUGUCACAAACUAUUCGCACUUGAAACGAGUCACCGAGAACACGUUAAAAAAUCAGCUAGGCAACGCCGUUGGUACAAAGCUUGUGGACUAUUUGAAUUGUCAAGAUUCCGAUGAUAUAUCUUUGAUGGACCAAGUACAGAAAUCGGUAGGGGUAGAGUUGUGCUGGGGUGUUCGGCUUUUGAACGAUAACGAAGUAGCACAAUUCACCUCAAACUUGACAGAGGAGCUCUGGAGUAGAGUUCAAUCUCUCUAUCCUGAGACUUUAACCAUUAAAUUUUAUCGGCGAGCAGCUGAUGCACCGUUUGUGACUCCGAAAUAUAUGGGCUGCGGCCGCUGCGAUGUGACAAGCAAGACGAGACGGGUCGUCGGUCUGGACUUGGAGGGGCUGAAGACACUGGUCAUUCAGUGUGUUCAGUCGUUCGCUUGUCCGCCUAUGGAUAUGCGGGGCUUGGGCCUGCAGCUCCGGCUCAUGGACACGACAACUCCCACCCACCAUGCGAUCAAGUUCCCGCAACUUGAGACUGCAUCGAGGUCAACCUCGCCCAACAAGCCUAAAAUACAGCUUCCGCCAUCUCGUCGUCGCGGACCCACCACGCUAUCUCAAUUUGUUAAUCAACCCGACAAAGUCGAAGUCGAUAUGGAAGUUUUCGAUAAUCUGCCAUCUCAGAUAAAACGAGAGAUUAUGGCCCAUGAAGAUGAGUUCCUGGUAAAAGUGCCAUCUUCAAGGAGUCGGUCAGAACCCGCCGCUGUUACUACGUACGAGCCUGUAAGUUUUCGCGGAGUCACAAGCGAGGCAGGUCUCCGACAAGUCUUACGAGACUGGAUGAGAUCCGCAGAAAGCCCUCACUACGAAGACGUUUGUGAGUUUCGGGAUUUUGUUGAUUAUUUAUUUGAUUCGGACUGGAACUGGACCAAGGCUAUCAGCCUGGUAAACUACCUCAAUCACUGCAGCUUAAACCUGUCACAGGACUGGCAAUACUUGGCAAAAGUCAUGCAAGAACGAGUGGCUCAGAAAAUAUUGCCUAUUAAUUAA